AUGAGUCUGACACGCCUUCUCCCCCUUUGUGGCUUCCUCGCUUUGGCGUUUGCACAAGCAUAUGGCGCCACAGUACAUCCUCCCAUCCCCAUCGCACUGGGAGGAAAACACCCAGACACCGCAAAAGCAUUCAUCCGACUCAUGCUACCCGAAUACGACGUCGUUCACGUCGUCCACAACUCCCCCGUAGGCGUAUCCGAGCUGGUUCCUCUUCUCGCAGGCGAGGAAACCAUUCCCGCAUCCGGCCUCGGUUCAAACAGCAAUACUUCCACACCUCAAGCCCCGAAAGCAAUCUUCGUCGGCGGUGGAUUCUCUCAGAGUGAGAUUGCGGAGAUGUAUAAUGGUACAUCGUUGCAAACGAUUCCUUGGAUCUAUCCCCUUGCGAGCGAAAGAGUGAACGGAACGAUACCUCCGAGAGUGGAGAUGAUUGCUGCGAGAGUGAAGCAGGUAUUUGCUGAGAAUGGAUUUGUGCCUGGUAAUGAAGACAAUGUUGUGCCUGGCGUGUGGGCUUUCUGA